AUGUCUUCACAACUUGCGACCUGCCUGCGCAUCGCCAGGCAGUUUUCGACUGACCCCAGCAAGCACCAGAAAUUCCUCGCCCGUACAUUCUCCAGCAGCGCCCGCCGCUAUGAAAUCAACAAGGUCGUCGGAUCUGCCGACCUAGCCAUCAAAGACAUGAAAUCCAACUCCACCCUCCUGGCAGGCGGUUUCGGUCUCUCCGGUGUCCCCGAUACCCUCAUCAAUGCCGUCCGCGCAAACCCCUCAAUUACAGGCCUGACGGCAGUCAGCAACAACGCCGGUGUCGACGGCUCGGGCCUGGGUCUACUCCUGCAGUCCAAGCAGAUCCGGAAGAUGAUUGCCAGUUACGUCGGCGAGAACAAGACUUUCGAGCGGAUGUAUCUGACCGGUGAAAUUGAGAUGGAGUUGACCCCGCAGGGCACGCUGGCAGAGCGGUGCCGCUCUGGCGGUGCUGGCAUUCCUGCUUUCUACACGCCUGCUGCAUUUGGAACGGUUGUGCAGACAGGUGACUUGCCGUUGAAACAUAAUUCUGAUGGAACUGUGGCGCUGUACAGCAAGGCGCGGGAUGUCAAGGUGUUUGACAACAAGAGCUAUGUCAUGGAGGAAGCUAUCAAGGGUGACUAUGCAUUCGUGAAGGCGUGGAAAGCGGAUAAGCUGGGUAACUGCCAGUUCCGCUAUGCGGCGGCCAACUUCAACGGUGCUAUGGGUCGUAACGCUAAGAUGACUAUUGUCGAGGCUGAGAACAUCGUUGAGGUCGGUGAGAUUGACCCCGCGGCUGUGCACUUGCCUGGUAUCUACGUCAAGCGUGUGAUCCAGAGCACUACAGACAAGAAGAUUGAAAAGUACACCUUCGCCAAGGAGGAGGGUGAAGAGCAGAGUGCUGCAGCCUUGGGCAAGGGCGACACUGCCAGCAAGCGUGAGCGUAUUGUCCGUCGUGCGGCCAAGGAGUUCAAGAACGGCAUGUACGCCAACUUGGGUAUUGGUAUGCCCAUGCUGGCUCCUAACUUCGUCGACCCCUCCGUCGAGGUCAUGCUUCAGUCGGAGAACGGUAUUCUGGGAUUGGGCCCUUACCCUAAGAAGGGCCAGGAGGACCCGGAUCUUAUUAAUGCUGGUAAGGAGACGGUUACUCUUCUGCCCGGUGCAGCCGUCUUUGGCAGCGACGAGUCCUUCGGUAUGAUCCGGUCUGGCCGUGUCAACUUGACCAUCCUGGGUGCUAUGCAAGUUAGCGCUAAUGGUGACCUUGCAAACUGGAUGCUUCCCGGCAAGAUAAAGGGCUUCGGCGGUGCCAUGGACCUCGUUUCCAACCCUUCCGCCACCAAGGUUGUCGUGACCAUGGAGCAUACCGACAAGAAGGGCAACCCCAAGAUCGUCAAGAAAUGCGAGUUCCCCUUGACCGGCAAGACCUGCGUCAGCCGUAUCAUCACUGAACUUUGCGUUUUCGACGUCGACUUCACCAACGGUUUGACUCUAAUCGAGCUUGCUGACGGUGUUACCGUUGACGAGGUCAAGUCCAAGACUGAGGCUCCGUUCAAGGUUGCUGAUGACUUGAAGCCUAUGCUGUAA